UGAAAAAAAGGAGUUUAAAUAUAAAAAUUAUGAAUAAAAAAAUGACAUUCUAUUGACAAAUUGUAGUAAACAAAUUUAACACAUCAUGGAGUGCUGAUAUCGCUUUGAGCAUUCGUCAUAAUCGUCAUGAUCAUAGCAACUUAUCAAAAAUGAUUCGGAGUGAGAUUUCUGAGGAGAAGGAUAAUGUCUCUGACGACAAGCUUGGAGCAGGGCCACCCUUGACUGAUGCCUCGGACGUAACGGAUGUCAAUCCUCUCUAUCAACAAAGCUUCGCGAAAGAGACGAUUAUGACGAACAAACCCGACUUGAACAUUUCUGACUUACAUCUACCGGCUCUUGAUAUCCCUAAAGAAGUAUCCGUCGACCAGGCGGGAGAUGUAUCUAACGAGAUUACCGGAGAAGCAGAAGUUGCGAUGUCGGGCUUGACGAUAAACAAACAUGCACAUUCGAUAGUGGAUGCAGUUAUCUGUGUCGGCAAGAUCAACGGUCGAGCGUCAAGUGAGGUACGGGCCCCAAUUGCCGCGGCUGAAACCAUAGUAGAAACGCCGAUAAAGAUGCAAGCUGCGCCUGCGCCCGCCCCGGCGACGCCUGCGCCUGCGGCUGCCACUCAACCCGCUCCAGCAUCGUCGCCGGCUGCCAGCCAGGCACAGAAACCCACCAAGCGGACUGCUAAAGAUUAUAUUUUUGGCAAAUUGAUCGGCGAGGGUUGUUACAGCACCGUGUUUCUUGCAAAGGAUAUACACAGCGGAAAGGAAUAUGCAAUUAAAGUGUGUGAGAAGGUUCACAUCAUUCGCAAAAAGAAGAGAGAGUACAUUAAACGCGAGAAAGAUGCCUUGAACAUGUUGUUUAAUGUGCCGCAUGGUUUUGUAAAACUUUAUUGCACAUUUCAAGAUGAAGAAAGGCUUUAUUUCGUUUUAUCCUUUGCCAAGAAUGGAGAACUAUUAUCUUACAUAAAUCAAGUAGGCUCCUUCGAGCUAAAUGUAGCGAAAUUUUAUGCGGCAGAAUUAUUGAUGGCUCUAGAAAAAAUGCAUGCCAAGGGGAUAAUUCACCGCGACUUGAAACCAGAAAAUAUUUUAUUAGAUGAAAAUAUGCAUUUACAAAUUGCUGAUUUUGGAACUGCUAAAAUAUUAGAACCUGAAGAAAUUCGUGCGACACCAAAUAAUACUGAUAAUGAUACACAGAAUGAACGAUCUAGAAAAAUUAGUUUCGUUGGAACACCGCAGUAUGUUAGUCCAGAAUUAUUACACGACUGCGUAGACACACGUGCCUCAGACCUGUGGGCGUUGGGAUGCAUAAUAUACCAAAUGAUUUCGGGUUUACCUCCGUUCCGCGCCGCCACGGAAUUUCUCACGUUCCAAAAAAUACUUAAGAUGGAUUUCGAAUUCCCAGAAGGAUUUCCUGCUGACGCUAAAGAUCUCGUGGAAAAACUUUUGGUACUAGAUCACACUAAAAGGCUGGGCGCUAAUGAUAAGGGUGAAAUCUAUGAUAGUAUUCGCAACCAUCCGUUCUUCGCUGGAAUUGACUGGGAUAAUGUAUGGGAGCAGACACCACCGACCAUCAGUCCCUACUUGCCAGGCGGUUCAUUUGAAGAGGAAUAUAAUAUACCAGAUCAUCUCGAACCAGGCUUAGGAAACAAACAACUCGUGCGACUGUGGGAAUUCGACUUAUCUACUUCCAAAGGAAUUCUAAACAUCAGUCCCGAAGAAAAGCGACGACGUCUCGAAGUGCAAGCCCGAGAAAGUAAAUGGCAUCAGUUUGUGAAUGGAGAGCUUAUUUUGAAACAAGGCCUAGUGGACAAGAGAAAGGGUCUCUUUCCUCGACGGCGGAUGUUACUAUUGACCACAGGACCGCGACUAUUCUACGUCGAUCCCGCUAAUAUGGUCCUUAAGGGUGAAAUUCCCUGGUCUCCGGAGCUACGAGUCGAAGCUAAGAACUUUAGGAUAUUUUUAGUGCACACGCCGAAUCGUACAUAUUAUUUGGAAGACCCUGAUUCGUAUGCUUUGGAGUGGGCCAGCGUUAUAGACGAAGUGCGCAUCGGAACAUAUGGAAGGGACACGACUUAAGCGACGGCGCGGCCGCAGCUCCGAGUCGCGCCCGCGCCGCCGCCGCGGCCCCGGGCCUCGCGCCCGCUCCUCGUACCUCACGUGGCGAGUUCACACUUCUAGGUUAGGUACUUCUAGCCUUGAUUUAGAGCAUGGCAAAUCCCAAGCCGAAAGCUUUCGCGUCGAUGACCGACUUCGUACGUGUCACAAGUUUCGCAUCGGCCGGUGCGGGGCCAGCUCUGCACCCGGCGCCCAAGGGCAGUCGCCUGCCGCCCGCCGCCGGCCGCGGACCACCUGCACCGGCCGCACACGCACUGGACGGUGACGAGACGACGACCGAUCGACUCCUGAUCGAUCACUGUGGAUACUGAUUGACUGAUUCCUAUUAAUAAUAAUAUCCCGACUAUCUUAAAUUAUUCUAAUUUAAGUUCCUUAUUUAAUUAUUGUGGAAUAUCGACUAUGAUGUGUAAAUAUGUCUUAAAUUAUUAUUGCGAUUGCUUAGUAUAUAGUUAAUUGUGGGCCGAUGUAAGUUUUAUUGUAUACGGGGCCUCAUGUAAGAAUGGACUUGUUAUUCACCACCUGCGUGUUCACGAAGCCCAUUCCGGUUGGUAACUAGGCAAUUUAUAGCUAAAUUUAAUAUUUAUUAUUUGCCAACGGAAUGUGACUACUGUACAGUAAUAACCGUAGUAAAUUAUGAUGGGUAUGUUUCUAUAUUCUACUUCAACUAUGAUUAUCAGUGACAAUUGGAAAUAAAGAUAAGGAUUAGAACAAUUGUAUAUUUUAACGGAAUUAGCAAUUGUCACAGCAUUAGUUGCUGUAGAAAUGGAAACGGCUUAAUGUAAGAAGGGUAGCUUCUUCACUAAAUUAUUGAAGGUUUGGCCGAGUCCGGUCUGAGCCUGAUCGCUGGUCAAAGUGGUCGUACUCUCACUACUCAGGUUUGAGUAUAAAGUGCUCUGCGUUCGAUAAACACAUCGGCAUAGAGCUUCAAUGCUUUUUAUUGUGCAAGUUACUUGUGCUCUAUAUUUCUAACAUAGCAAAGGUAUACGGAUAAUGCCACCAAAGGUGACAAUUACUGCUAUUUCAAUGCUUGGUAAUUAAUUGUCUAAAAUAUAUUAUUUUGUUAAUUGCAGUCGAAUUAAGACAUUGGGAUUGCUUAAUGGAUAGUAAUUAGUGCAAAUUUGUUUUUCUUUUAUAUUUUGUGUUGUUAUGAUUGUGAUUAUAUGGCCAUAGAAAAUAUUCAAUGUCAUGGCACUUAGUUCUAAAUUGUAUUUAAAUUAUUUAAUGAUUAUCAUUUAUGUAGUAACAGGUACAUUAAACUGCCUAAAACUUGCCUGUAAUAUGUAACAUUAGGGCUUGAUGGGAUUAAAUCCAUAGUUCAAUAUGAAACCCUCAUUUAGCAAAAUCUAGACAAAUAAGAUUUCACUAAGUAGCAUGAAGUUCUGUUCUCUUCAUUUCGUCAUGUUUUAUGAACAAUGAGAGUUAAUUAUAAAAAAUAAAUUGGUCAGCAAAAAUUGGAAUUUUCCAUGACAUUGUUAUAAAUAAUUAAAAUUAAAAACUGCAUUUAAAAUUUAAUAACUGUUAACUAUUGUAAUUAUAUUUUACAACAUUUGUAUUGCAUAAAUUCCAUAAAGUAACAAAGUAAGAAAUUGAAAAUAAAUUGAAGUUGAUUUUU